AUGGCCAAAGCUUUCCAAACAACCACCCUCAACCUACUCAUCUCGCUAACGUUUUUCUUCUCUUUCUUGAUACUGACGACCGCAAAUGAUGAGUACUACAACUCUGUAGUACAGAGAAAACGUCAAGGGUUUAAGCGGGAGAAGCUGACCCAUUUUCACUUCUACUUCCACGACACAGUCAGUGGCAAAAAACCGACGAACGUUAAAGUGGCGGAGGCACCAACGACAAACACUUCGUCAACGUUUUUCGGGAUGGUGGCGGUGUUAGAUGACCCUUUGACGGUGGGGCCGGAGCCAACCUCGAAGCAGGUGGGAAGAGCUCAAGGAAUCGUUGCGGCGACUUCGCAGUCCGAUGUGGGACUUUUAAUGACUUUGAACUAUAUUUUCACGGAAGGGAAAUAUAAUGGUAGUAGCCUUAGCAUAUUGGGACACAACUCCAUACUUUGGGCCCUUAGGGAGAUGCCUGUCGUCGGUGGAACUGGACUUUUUAGGUUCGCAAGAGGCUAUGCUCUAGCAAAGACUUAUAUGUUCAACGCCACUAGUUUUGAUGCUAUUGUGGAGUACGAUGUCUAUGUCUUGCAUUAUUAG